UUAUCGCGGGGUUGCACAAACAAAGGAAGGUUCCUUUUUGAAGUUACCAUUUAUGUUAUCGUUUGUUAUCAGUUUCAUUGGAAAAACAAAGAAGUUUUGCCCUUUUCUAUUUAAUAAAGGGAUGCUUUCUACAAGAUUCAAUGAACGGCCAGAUUAGGUUUGGUUUGAUAUUUAGGACCCAGAUUGAAAAUGGAUUCGAACUCGCUCAUUGCUGUCUCUUCUGCUAAUAGCACAUUACCACAACAUUUGUACCCAUCAAUGAUUCCGUCCACACCGUUUAUACAUCCAAGUUUCACUCCUGCUAGUGUUACACAGGGCAUUAGAGAGAAUGGACGGAUAUCGCCGAUAAGAAGAUUCUUCUGCUUGUUUGUCACAUUUGACCUUCUUCUAAUUUCACUCUUAUGGCUAAUUAUUUUAGAGUUAUCUGGCAAUUUCCAAUGGAUUCUGGUCUACCACCAACAGAUUCUUCAUUACUCUAUGAAAAGUUCCUUAUUCGAUAUAGUGGUGUGUUCAUUAAGCAGAUUUGUGAUAUUACUUAUUUUCUACGCUUUAUUUCAAAUUUCACAUUGGUGUAUUGUUGCUUUGACAACGGCUAGUACGUGUGUUCUUUUAGCUGUUAAGGUGUAUGUAUUUGAUUGGGGAGACAGCACCACUCAGAUUCUCCAAGUUAUUUUAAUUUUGACUUCAUUUAUACUUGUCUGGUUAGAAGUCUGGCUCAUGGACAUAAAAGUGAUACCACAAGAGAGAGUCGCACGAAAUUACGCCAAUGCUUUGGCCGGCAAUGAAAGGGCCCCGUUAGUCAAUCCUUUCGCCCAGAACCAAGUAAGCUCGGAUACAAUGUCAGCAUCUGUGAAUUUUUAUUCUCCUUAUGAAAAUUCAUCUGAUUCUACUGAUGAUGAAUUGAAUCAAACAGCCAAAUCAAUUAGACAAAUAAAAUAUGACUGUAAUAACUCUAGGAGAUCAGAUGAUACAUACAAAAUAAAAGCAAAAGAAAUUUUAGAAGAAGCAUGGGAAAUGAUAAAUAAUAAUAAAUGGAUUUUUGAAAGAAAAACUGAUGAAGGUGACAUAAUUUCAAGUCAGAAGAUUGAUGUUAGGCUGGAGACGGGGCAUACAGUUUAUAAAUUAAUUGGACUUGUUGAUGCCUCCUACAUAGAUGUAAAGAAGGUAUUGUACGAUAAUUUGGAAAGCUUUCCCGAAUGGAAUCCUUCUAUACAAGAAGCAAAAGUCCUUCAGGAAAUAGAUUCUUGUACAGACAUUAGCUAUCAGAUAUCGAAGAAAGUUGGCUUAGUCGCUAGCCGCGAAUAUAUCACGCUGAGACAUUGGGAAGAAAAAUACGGUUAUUGCAUCAUAGCCAGCGGCUCAGUCAUAUGGCCUCGCCUUCCCACUAGCAAAAAGAUAGUCAGGGGAGAAAAUGGGCCAGGUUGCUGGGUGUUCCAGCGUAAAUCAGAGUGGCAGACUGAAGUCAAAUGGUUGCUUAAUACGAAAAUUAAUGGAUGGGUGCCUCAGGCUGCAGUCGAGACGGCAAUGAUAAAAGUGAUGUCAAACACUAUGAUUCACCUUCGACGCUGCCUAUCAUCAACGAGCAAAAAAUGUGCACAGUUGCUUUGACUCGUGAGACAAAGAAGUACUAUUAUUUCAAAAAUUAUAGCAACUGGAUUAUGUUUAUGUAUUUAUAUAUUUAACUCGAUCUUUUAUGCUCUAAUUUAAUUUUUGAUAAUGAAUUUUUGGAAUAUUAUUUUUUUAAAAAGCCUUGUAAAAUAUGAACG